AUGGAGGUUAUGGAGGUCGUUGAUCUGACAGCGGACGCUGUAGAGGAUGACUAUGAAGAUGUUGAAAUUGAAACCAGCACACCAUCUGGGAAUGCUAUGGAAACAAGUUCAUUCGAAGGUCAAGCCGAUGACAGCGCUAUGAAUAUUGAGACAUUACUUGGAGAUCUCGAGCAAGAAGAUUCAGAUUCAGUGACUUCAGGUGGCGCGCCAGAGGAGGCACCAGAGGAGGCGCCCGAAAGGCAGCCCGAGAGUUCUGAAGCCGAUUCGGAUAGUUUCAAGCAGAGUCAUUCUGAUGAGGAGUUUAACCAUGAAGUCGAUGAGUUUAUUUGUUUUGACGAUGGCGACCCCAAUAAUGAUUCCGACUCUGAUGAGGAGUUGGACUGGCAAGGUGAUUGCGUACAAUCAUGCCAACCGAAAUAUGAGAAAAUACAUGAAAAAUCGCAAAUUCGCAAGUUCAGAAUUGGAGAGUCGAGGCAGUUGGUGGCAGGGUUUCGUGCAAAGAUUACUAGGAUGAAGGCAAAGAUUGCUGGGUUGAAAACCCAAAAUCGGCGGCUUAGGGCUGACCUUGCUGCUGCAAGGAGCAGCGCAUCGGGACCUCCGAGACGAACAAAAGCCAUGUGGCCGGAGUACAUCAAGGACUUCCUUCGAGGCCGAUGGACUCGUCUCCCACCUGGAAUCAGAGAUUAUAGUGACAUCUAUAAGCUUAGCUGUCGCGAGUCAAACAUGCCGUGGCACCCAAACCGGGUUCUACCAGGCCUCGUCCUGAGGGAGAAGGAUGAUGACGAAGAUGGUGCUAUUGAAUCCAUAGCGGUUACUGGGGGAUUCAACUUCAACCAGCUGCCGCCCAUGGCGCAGUUUCGUGUCCUUCAAAUGCUUCUAUGCUUUUAUGGAAAGAAGGUUCAUGUUUUGACUCGGCUUGAUCCAUAUCAUGAGCCUUCUCUGUCGACUGGUGAGCUGGGCAAUGACCCAGAACGCCCACAGCUUCUUCGUCGAUUUCAUAUCGGGGACUCACCUCUAGACGUGGCUAGAACAGUGCGUGGGCAUAAGGAUCCGAGAGACCAGCGCAAUGCGAGGUUGAGAAUCCUUGCUGAUCUUAUGCCAGGCUUGAAUCCAAGGGAAGAUGCUUGGCGGACAAUGGCCCUGGCGCUGCCCAAGCUCAAGGACGAACUGUUAGACGGCGACGAUGAUUGGGAGGACGAGGACGAUAAUAACGUUGGUGAUAGCGGUACAAGCGGUGCAAACAGCUCGGAUGAGCACGAGGACGAAGAUUCUGAUGCUGACGAUGGUUCGGAAUCCGGUUCUGACUCUGACUCUGACUCUGACACAAGUGACGGGGACUCGGUCCAAAUUCUUUCUGGCAGCCCGGUUGCGAUGAACCACCAACAGGCAAUUUCUAUACCAGGAAGUCCAGUCAACUCGAAUCAUGGAGUACAGACACGUUCGAUCCCCAGACUAUCCAACAACACCAACUCUGAAUACGGAGUGACAUUGGAGAGAGACAUCAUGGAGGACUCUCUACCAAAUAUUGUUGACCUUACGCUCGAGGACGACGAAGAUGGAUAUGAUGAUACGCAGAAUGAAGCUCUGACUCAAUAUAGCAGUCAGACAAUUUGGGACGACGGAAUGAAAGCAGAGCCGAUCUCUGAAGAUACCGGCGCGAAUAUAACUAAUACAAACGAAAACUCGAAUACCCAGGAAGAAUCGCUCUUUAUCGAUGGCAACAGCGGUAACUCAACUGGGGAGGUCACAUACGACCACUGCAAAAGUCAAUCUCCAGAAGAAGAGGCGAUGCGGGCCAUCAGUGCUCAUAUCAAAGACUCCCAAAAACAUGGAAGCCCAACAAGCAGCAAUAGUGACUCGGAGGGCCCCCUCUUUGCGAGUCCGACUCGAUAUGAUGAAAUCGUACAUCAGAGUUCUAGCACAGGGGCGAGAACUGUCCGGAGUGAAAUAUCCUCCUCCUUAUUUCUUGGAAGUGGUGAUCCAAAUAGCUCCAGAUCACCGUCGUCUGAGAGUUCCGCGAGCAAAACGAGCAAGCGUUCUUACAAUGGUAAUGGCAAUAACGAGGGCUCAGACAGAGAAUCUGAGUCCAGGAAGAGGCAGCGAAGCGAGGGGCCAUUUGCUGGUGGUAGUGGUAGUAGCGUGGAAGAUUGCAUAGAGCUUUGA